GUUUCUCAAAGCAUUUUAAAGUGAUGCAGUGUUUAAUUAUUUAAUAAUAUUAUUCAACAUUAUUAAACAAGCCAAGCCCUAGCUCAACCCCAUCCCCAUAAUCAAAGUGAGUGAUACAACAAUGAAGGUACAGUAGAUUAUUUGUUCAUACAGUGACUUGAAUAUUGUUUGUGAUCUGUUAUGUGAAUGCUUUACUAUGUAGCUGGAAGAAUCUCAUGUAAUAGUGUUUUUAUUUCUGUUCUUUGUGUCAUUAGUGUAAGAUCAGGCUCUCAUGUGUCCAGUUCUGUUUCUGUGAAGAGUGACCAUUCAAAAGGUGAUGGACCGAACUUUAGUGAGAAAAAAACAUCACCUUUAAAAAGUGUAAGAUCAGGCUCACAUGUAUCCAGCUCUGUGUCUGUGAAGAGUGACCAUUCAAAGGGUGAUGGACCAAACUUCAGUGAAAAAACAUCAUGUAACAAGAGUGAAAGAUCUGACUCGCAUGUAUCCAGCUAUGUGUCUAUGAAGAGUGACCAUUCAAAGGGAGAUGGACCAAACUUCAAUGAGAAAACACCAUCACCUUCCAAAAGUUACAAAGGACAGAAGACCACAGUAAAUAUUGGUGAAGAAAUUGCACGGUGGGACGCUCUAAAAGCACAGAAGGGAUUGAAGAGUGAUGUGGAACUGGCAUCUUUUCUUCUCAAUAGGGUUCAGUUUGAGAAAACGGACUCAAACUACAAUAAUUACCGCAACCGCAAGAAUUUCAGAGAAAAUCUCCUCUGGAUCUUCAAGGAUCUUGAGAAAAAAAUAACUGUAUUUCUGAAGAAUGAGCUGGAAAAGUUUAAGAAAAUAUUAAAUAGAGAGAAUACACAGUACUUUGUGCAGGACUUUACAGAGAAAAUGCGUGAUAUCAAAGAAGCUGCUCUUGAUAUGACACUCUUCUUCCUGAGAGAUAUGGAACAAGUUGAGGCUGCAGAUGCUCUACAAGAUGAGCUGGUCCUCAUUCAUCAGCGACCACUAAAGUCAAACUUGAAGAAGAAGCACCAAUCUGUAUCUGAAGGAAUUGCAAAGCAUGGUGACUCCAAGCUUCUGAAGAACAUCUACACAGAUCUCUAUAUGACUCUGAGUGUUAGUAAACAAGUCAGUACCCAAAAUGAAGUAGGACAAGUUCAGGCUGCUGAUAGGCGACAUGAAUCACAAGAGAUUCCAGUCGAAUGCAAAAAUUUGUUUGAAGCACAUGAACAAGACAAGGAGAUCAGAACUGUACUGACAAAAGGAGUAGCUGGCAUCGGAAAAUCCAUCUCUGUGCAAAAGUUUAUUGUGGAUUGGGCUGACGGUAAAGAAAAUGAGGAUAUUACUUUCAUAUUUCCUCUUGCAUUUCGAGAAAUGAACUUAAAGGAGAAAGAAACACAAAGCUUGACAAGACUUAUACGUCAGUUUUUCCCAGAGAUAAAAGGACUGAACCUUGCAAGAAAUGAUAAAUUUAAAUUACUGUUCAUCCUUGAUGGUUUGGACGAAUGUCGUCUUCCUCUGAACUUUGAGGGUAAUGAGACUUGUCGUGAUGUAACAUCACAAGUCUCUCUAGAUGUUCUCCUCACAAACCUCAUCAAGGGAAAUCUGCUUCCUUCUGCUCUCAUCUGGAUCACCACCAGACCAGCAGCUGCCAUUAAAAUUCCUCCGAAUGGAUUGACCGUGUGA